GAUAACUAUACACGGAUCGGGAUCGUUGAGCACUGGUGCCUGUUGCGACAAUGAAUGCCCACUUCCCGUCUCCUGCCGACCAGGGCAACACGACCACUCAGGCCGGCUGGAAAAUCACCACGCGCAAGCUGCCGAUAUUGAAGGCUGGCCCUAUCGAGGACAUGACAAACAAGCUGGGCAUUGCGCCGCCGGAGAUGAUAUUUGGAGAUAACCUCAUCCGCUUGGAACAUGUUGCGACUGGCUGGAACAUAGAGUUCAACGCGUUCGAUGCGCUUGACCGCGUCGACAAGACGGGCGGCUCGAUGCUCCAGGUCGCAUACUCUAAGCAGUGGCAGCAGAACAGACAACACCACGCGUCCGACAUCAAAGAGGUAGUCAAGCCCUUCGACUGGUCCUACAGCACCGACUACACCGGCACCAUCCAUGCUCAAUCCUCGGAAUCGCCUUCUUUCCAGCCCAGCGAUACGCCAAUCCCUGUCGAGCUGCUCAAGCGGCCGGAUCCCAUCCUUUUCUUUGACGACCUUGUGCUGUACGAGGAUGAGCUGGCCGACAACGGCAUCGCCAUGCUUUCCUGCAAGAUCCGCGUCAUGCCGGCCCGUCUGCUGCUGCUGACCCGGUUUUUCCUGAGGCUCGACGACGUCGUCUUCCGGAUCCGCGAUACUCGGGUUUUCGUGGAGUUUGCGACUGGUGACGUCAUCAGAGAGUAUACGGCCAGAGAAGAGAAGUUCGACGUUGUUAAGAAGAGGCUCGCCAUCACGAGGGAGGACGUCCCGGCGCUGAUGCGCGACGCGAAUCGCUUGGUCGAGCUGCUACCUGUCGUGGAGCAUCGCUUGGAGAAGUGCAUCGUGAAGUGAGGGCAUACAACCGGAGACGACGACAGUGGAAUGUCCUGCCGCUACGACUGGGCCUCCAUGUGCAACAAAGCCGCGGAACAAGGCGCGUCGGGCAGCGGUAGUGAGUUGAGCCUUGAAAAUACCUCGAGGCACAGCCGGUUGUGAAUCUGAGCAAUUAUCGGCUCUCGAUCUGGCCAAGAACUGCUUCACGAGUUCGCAUAACCUUCGUUGGAUGCGACUGCUCACGAGCCGCGGAUAGGAGGGCGUGUUCUCUUGAACCCUACCACCAGGAACUUGAAUCCGGUAGUGGCGAACCAGCAGCCGUGAAGCAGAACGCGGUAUGUACAUGAGCACCACAUGAAGCCACCCCAUCCAAGUCGUACGCAGACACGUUGUAGAGUCGCAAUAUAAAUCUCUGAACCACGGUAGCCAGUGUGCCACAUGUUUCUUCGCGUGUGUCCUCCGGUUCGCACAUUUAUCAAACCCAUCAGUUCUUGCCUCG